GCGGUCAUGACCUCCUCGCAUGCUGUGGGAUGUCUGUUAGUGAUCUAUGGAUAAAUUUCGACGAUCCGACGGAGGGGAAAGGUACCCAUGUUAUCCUUCGUAUGUAAGUGAGGAUGCAUCUUCGAUUAUAUUGGAGAUCUACUUUUGCGAUAGGUUGCAGGAAGUAGUAAGAAUUAAUCUCGGUCGUGACUGGCCACCUUUUUCUUGUCGCAAACCCUGAAUAUUGGAUAUUGAACAUUUAAAAAAGACGGCGCGACGGAGACUCGGUACUUGGACUAAACUCUUAAGCAAAAGAUCGCAUUGGCCCACGGUUUAGGGCUCCACCUCUCCCCACCAACCCCUCCAAUGAACUAAAUUUACAGUGGUUCACUACAACAUCGAUUGAUUUCAGAGGCUGCCAAAUUAAAUCCAUCUCAUUUCAAGAUAGCGUAACUUCACAAUACUUAUCAAGUUUCUUUCCCUACUGAGCCUACUCGACUUCUAUACCUUUCAACAUCUCGGCAUGGCGACCAAAAACGUGUCGGCUAAGAAGCAGCAAGAGCUUCAGGCGACGUAUUCCAGCUACAAGAAUACAUUACAGCAAUUAGCACAAAAGAUCGGCGACGUCGAACAGGAAGCCGAAGAACACAAGCUUGUGCUAGAUACUUUGGAACCGCUUCCCAGGGACCGCAAGUGCUUUCGUAUGAUCAACGGCGUGUUGGUUGAGCGGACAGUCCAGGACGUAAUUCCCGCUUUGAGGACGAACGCCGAAGGAUUAAAGAAGGUGCUAGAUGACCUAGUCAAGCAGUACAAGACGAAGCAGGACGAUCUAGAGAAGUGGAAGAAAAAGCACAAUAUCCAGGUUGUCCAGUCGUGACGCAACUACAGCGUUGCGGAGUGGACGCAGAGAUCGGCGUCAAGACUAGUAUGGUAUAGAUGGGUAUGCUCCGGAUGCUUUUUGAUCAACGCCCUAGAAAACGAGGGCUAAUGGAUGUCUACCAACUCAGAGGAUAUCAAAGUAUAUGAUCGAUUCACGGGCGUUGGCAUUUUGAACGCCAUUACCUUUAGCUCCGAGACACACGAUCGAGAUUGAGCUGGUGACUUGUUGCACGACGUCGAGGUAGAUAAGAUGGUGCUUGCUGUAUAGUGCUAUUUUGUUAAGGCUGUCGGCAAAGCCACCACGACGUCAAAAAGAUGGUGUUGAUGCGUUGUACAAUUGUAGCUGCAGGUGGUGGAGCCUAGCGUCAAGGGCGUCUCAGUGCCCAACGACAGGUUUCCUCAAGGCUGUCAUGAUCAACGGUUUACAACCAGUACUGAUUGGGGGGUAGGCCGCGUAGGAUAGUGGCUGUUUUGACUGGUUUUAAAUGAACUGAUCAAGUAGGGCUUAUUGCUGACUCUGCGUCUACGAGGCACAUCGAUAUAAUCUGUCAUCAAUGUAGCAUCUUCGCACCAUAUUUGGGGGUAAAGAAAACGAGAUAGAAUAAUCAUGAAUAGUGCAUAGAUAAUCUACUUCGUUUAUCGGCAGAU